AUGUCUCAACCAUAUCUGCAUCCGGUGUCCCAGUCUGUCGCGUUGUUUGAGCAAUUCAUUGCAACGGAGCCACAGGUCCUAGUCUUGAAGGAGAAGGUGCUCUCUCUUUCUGGAGAUAGCUUCGAUAUCAGGCUUGGGGAUGGAGUGCCAAUUCUGAAAGUGACUGGUACUUUGUUGUCAGUUUCCGGACGUAAGAAAGUCGAAGACAUGGAUCGCAACCAUCUAUUUGAUAUUCGCAAGGAGCAUAUGCACGUUCAUACAACCUAUGUGUUGGAGGAUCCCGAUGGUAACAAGAUAUGCGAGGUCAGGAGCAGUCACAAAUUUAUCGGGUCGAAAGCCACUGCCACCUGUACUGACCGAUACGGCAAGCAAGUGGUCUUGGUAAUGACAGGAAAUUGGAACGAUCGUGCUGCCCAUAUUGUUAAUGAAAGUACUGGAGAAGCAGUCGCUCGCAUUUCCAGGAAGCGUUUUACCGCCCGUCAUAUUUUCUUUGGCCAAGACACGUAUAAUGUGAUUGUGGCGCCUGGUGUAGAUAUGGCAUUGGUCGCUGCUCUUAGCGUAUCGAGCGCAAUCCUAGGGGCAUCGACCUUAUACUCGUUGGGCAUACGAACGUGGCGACUCUUCAAAUCGACAUCGAAUUGCCGACCCCGCACAUCUGAAAGUCGCUGGAAUUUCGAUUUCUUCCACUGGAACUAUCUUCUGGGGUUUGUGCUCGUCACAAUCAUUAUUGUGGUUGGCUUGACGGAAGAUCCUCCUAGUGUACGAAUGACAGCUUUGCCACCGUCUAUUCUGCUCGUGCAAGUUGGCCUCACACUCGUCAUUGUCGGAAUUCUGGCAAAGCUUCGCAUACGGCAACCAUUCGCAGUGUCUUCUAUGCCUGCAGGUACAGAAUUUCGUCCAGGUAUCUUAGUGAUCAUCGAAGAUGUCGUUGCGGUGGACGGGGGCCGAGGCAGGGCAUACCGUUCAGCCCUAAUGGAAAGGUAUGCAGCCAGCUUACGGUUUCGACGACUAAUUGAGGAUCUCAAUUGGUUCUGGGGAUUUGGUGGGCUCCUGAUGGGAAUUAUUUUGAUAUGUAUACUUGCAUCGGUUGGCAGUCAGACCUUUGCGUUUGGGCUGGGGUGGACUGUCCCAUGGAUUUGGGCAGGUGUCUGGGCAGUCAUCACGACUUACUGGGUGAAAUCUGCGCUGAGGGAAGAGAAGCUUACCUGGUCGGAGAGCCAGAAAGUAGUGGAGGUGUAG